UGGGCGGCAGCGGGUGGCCCCGGCUAGCAGCCACGAGCCACUUCUGCGGCUGCCGAGAAGAGUGAGGGUCGCCAGUCUCGUGUCGUCCCCCUCUCUGCCCCCCCGGAGGGGCAAGAGGGAGCCGAGGCUGAUGUCAGAAAUACAUUUUCGGGAAAUGGCCUCUAAAUCUUGGCUGAAUUUUUUAACCUUCCUUUGUGGAUCAGCAAUUGGAUUUGUUUUAUGUUCUCAGCUACUUAGUAUUUUGUUGGGAGAACAGAGGGACCUCCAGCCUAAUAUUCUUCAUAAUGAUCCUCAUGCUAGGCAUUCAGAUGAUAAUGAACAGAAUCAUCUAGAAGGACAGAUGAACUUUGAUGCAGAUGCUAGCCAACAUAAAGAUGAGAACACUGACAUCGCCGAAAACCUCUAUCAGAAGGUUAAAAUUCUUUGCUGGGUAAUGACAGGGCCUCAAAAUCUAGAGAAAAAGGCUAAACACGUCAAAGCUACAUGGGCCCAGCGUUGUAAUAAAGUGUUAUUUAUGAGUUCAGAAGAAAAUAAAGACUUCCCUGCUGUGGGAUUAAAAACCAGAGAAGGCAGAGACCAACUAUACUGGAAAACAAUUAAAGCUUUUCAGUAUGUUCAUGAUCAUUAUUUAGAAGAUGCUGAUUGGUUUAUGAAAGCAGAUGAUGAUACAUAUGUUAUAUUAGAUAACUUGAGAUGGCUUCUCUCAAAAUACAACCCUGAAGAACCCAUUUACUUUGGGAGAAGAUUUAAGCCCUAUGUAAAGCAGGGCUACAUGAGUGGAGGAGCAGGAUAUGUACUGAGCAAAGAAGCCUUGAAGAGAUUUGUUGAUGCAUUUAAAACAGACAAAUGUACGCAUAGUUCCUCCAUCGAAGAUUUAGCACUGGGGAGAUGCAUGGAAAUUAUAAAUGUAGAAGCAGGAGAUUCCAGAGAUACCAUUGGAAAAGAAACUUUUCAUCCCUUUGUACCAGAACACCAUUUAAUUAAGGGUUAUCUGCCUAGAACCUUUUGGUACUGGAAUUAUAACUAUUAUCCUCCUGUAGAGGGUCCUGGUUGCUGUUCUGAUCUUGCAGUUUCUUUUCACUAUGUUGAUCCUACAACUAUGUAUGAGUUAGAAUACCUCGUUUAUCAUCUUCGUCCAUAUGGUUAUUUAUACAGAUAUCAACCUGCCUUCCCUGAGAAGAUGCUAAAGGAAAUAAGUCAAACAUACAAAAAUGAAGAUACAAAAGUAAAUCAGGAGCCCUUGAAAGAAAAACAUAAAUGAACAGAGGUAAAAUGUCUAACAUUGCACUGAAGAAGAACUUCUCCAUUUCUGAUAUAGAACACUGGAAUCCCAGUGAGGAAUUCUUUCUAAGUGAACAUUCCAUAUUAGAAAUUUUUCAUAUGAAUGACUGUAAA